AUGUCUAAAACAAGAUCUCAGAGAAGUCAGUCAAUUCCGGAACCUGCUUCCGUAAAGGAUGAUAACAUAUUAUGUUGCUUAUGUGAUGCGGUGGUUCAAAUCGAGCCUUCGGACUUAUAUGAUGAAUUGGUGAAAUAUGCUAGCAAAAGUAAAAACAUGAAGUUUUAUUGUGAUAAUUGCGUGAAACAUGCUGAUGGUUUCAAAGGUCAUUUGCUUAACGAAAAAUUUGAAUCCAUUGAUUCUCGUCUUAAAACGUUUGAUUCCAUUGAUAUUGGGAUGAAAAGUCUGCAGUUGAGGCUUGAGUCAAGCGGUGAGAACCUAAAACAGCUAGAAAAACUAGACGAGAAACUUAACCAGUCUAUUAAUUCCUUGAAAAACAAUAUCACCAAGUCUUGGUCAGAUGUGGUAAAGAGUAAUUCUAAAAUUGUCGAUAACGAGGCUACUUCCUUGAGAAAUAUGAUCAGUACUUCAUUUUCCGAUGUGGUAAAAAAGGACCUCGACGUAGUUAGUAAAGAGGUCAUCUCUGUUCGCAAAACAAUUGAAGUGGUAAAUGAAGUUAAGGCCCAUAGGGGCAAUGUUCUUGGCUUUUUAAGGUUUCUAACAGAUGAGUCUCUGAAAGAUGAGGACAUAUUGAAAAUAUUCAGACAAGGUAAAAAGCCAAGCGUAUCGUCUCCUCCGCGUCCAGUGAUUGUUAAGUUUAUCAACCUUUCUGCAAAAGUCCUGGUUAUGAGAAGAUUGUUCAGAUUAGCGCUGCUGGAUGAAAAAAUGAGGGAAAGGUGUGGUCGGGCAAUGGAGAAUAGUGAGAUAUCCAAGGCCUGCUACCAAACCGGAUUAAAUUUGGAAUUGCUUAAUAUUAGAUCCAUUCGGUCAAAAUAUGAUAUAAUUCGUGAUUUGUUAUCAAAUGAUUUAGAUAUAUGUGUACUGACCGAAACAUGGCAUGGAUCAUCUGAAGAUAUUUCUGUGAAAUUGGCUAUGCCUUAUGGCUUCUCAUUUAUGGAUUAUUUGCGCCCACACGACCCUAAUCAUGGAGGAAUAAUUGUAUAUUUUAAGAAUGUUUUCAAGUUUAUCGACCGGGUUCUGUACCAAUUACUCCUGCAUUUUUUGAUGAGCUUACAUCACUCUUGGAACAGAUUUCGUUAUUGGCGGACUAUGUCAUUUUUACGGGGAUUUGAAUGUUCAUUUGGAAAAGAUGAGUUAAAUUCUGAUGAUUUUGCUCAAUUUUUUAAAGAUAAGGUUGACAACAUACUGGAGACGAGUAUCAAAGAGCCUAUUGUUUUAAACAAUCGGAUGAGUGAAUGUGCUGAACUUUCAUUAUUUCAGUGCUGUUCCAGUGAUGAUGAGAUUCGUCAAGUUAUUUUGAAUUCACCUACAAAGUCGUGCCCACUGGAUGAUUUGCCAACUAAAUUUUGA